AUGUUCCAUCAUCCGUCGUGUGUACCUUCAGCUACCCUCCAAAUCUUCCAACAGUUUAGGGAAAGGAUUAAGCCUAAUAAGCUAAAAAUCCCAAAACGUGUAUUGCAAGUUAUUGAUGAAGAGCUUACGAAACUGGAGGUUUUUAAGACCGGUAACGACUUUACUAUCGCUCGCAACUACCUUGAGUGGUUGACCGUAUUCCCCUGGGGAAAUUACAGUGGUGAGAAUUGUGAUGUCAUGACUGCAGAAAAGAUUCUUGACGAGGAUCAUUAUGGCUUAUCUAAUAUAAUUUGUCUUGCGGGUCCUCCCGGGGUUGGUAAGACUAGCAUUGCUCAUUCUAUUGCGCGUGCUCUUCACCGUAAUUUCUUUCAAUUCUCUGUUGGAGGGCUAUCUACUGCUGGCUAA